GGGAAAUAUUUUAUUCUGUGUCACAGGCUAUAGAAGGGAAAGCCCUUAAAGGGUCUGCAUUUAAUCCAUCCCAUCCCCCCAUCGCCACACUCACUCCUCCAAUCAUUCGUAUGGGAAAAUUUCAUAUUUCACCCCCUUUUCACCUAUCACCCUGCCAGUAAGCACAUUAACCCUUCACACAAACCUCCCUCCCAUCUCUGACCCAAUUUUGGGUAAUGAGGGGUAAGAGGGGUCCAUUGUGUGUGUUCCACAGAAGAGAGAGAAGAGGAGGAAACGAAAAGACAUGCAACCCCCCACCCACUUCAUUGUACACGCCGCACACACACACACACACUCACACACACACACACACUGCAGUCCCACAUGGUUGUCAGAUUGUGCGUAUAAAUGUGGGGGUCUGUUUGCUUCCUGGUUUUAAGGGUAAUGGCUAAUGAUCUCGUAAAAGAAUGAAAAGGAAAGAGAGAAGAGCAGGGAGAUGAAAGGAAAAGGGGUGGAGAGGCAGACACAAAGAGGAGAGAUAACAGGGACACCCGAGUGUAUAGUCUGUGAACUUUGCCAUCUGGGACACUGUCGUCCGACGCCAUGAGCUGGAGCUUCCUGACGCGUCUGCUGGAGGAGAUCCAAAAUCAUUCCACACCGGUGGGGAAACUCUGGCUGACAGCAUUGGUCGUAUUCCGCAUUGUGUUGACGGCAGUGGGCGGAGAGUCCAUCUACUAUGACGAACAGAGCAAGUUUGUUUGCAACUCAGGCCAGCCUGGCUGUGAAAACGUCUGCUAUGACUCCUUUGCACCGCUCUCACAUGUCAGGUUCUGGGUCUUCCAGAUCAUCUUCUCUGCCAUGCCAUCACUUCUCUAUAUGGGUUAUGCGGCUAAUAAAAUCUCCCACACCAAGGAGGUGCCAGGGACUGGGGAUGGGGAUUCAGCAGGAGGUGGAGCAGAAGGUGGGUACACACAUCGGAGGCCAAGGAAACUUUACUUUGCGGCACGUCAGCAUCGAGCAGGGCACGAGAAUUCAGGGGAGGAGAGAGAGGAUGACCCAAUGAUCUAUGAGGUACCUGAGAUAGAUAGCACUCGAAGGGAGCUUGUUCCACCACGCCCCAAGCCCAAAGAGCGGCAUGAUGGGCGGCGGCGCAUAAGGGACGAUGGCCUGAUGCGAGUGUAUGUACUCCAGCUACUGACACGUUCAGCCCUGGAAGCGGCCUUCCUGGCUGGCCAGUAUCUGCUGUAUGGCUUUCAUGUGGCACCCAUCUUCGUGUGUACAGGUGAGCCUUGCCCGCACCGUGUGGACUGCUUUGUUUCACGCCCAACAGAGAAGACCAUCUUCUUGCGCAUUAUGUAUGGCGUCAGCUGCCUCUGCCUGUUACUCAACGUGUGGGAAAUGAUUCACCUUGGAGUGGGCACUAUCAAAGAUGCACUGCAAAAACGUCAUGCUGCCACAGCAGAAGAAGAAUACCAACUGGGCCUGCUGGGGCCCGGAGGCAUGUCUGACAGAGUAAGCGGGCCAGCACUCAACGAAGGAGAAAUGGUGGAUGAUGUUGGGAACAGAGUCAGGGAGGCAGACUACGUGGGUUAUCCGUUCACUUGGAGCACCCCAUCUGCACCACCAGGCUAUAACAUCGUGAUGAAGCCGGAAGCCCUGCCCUACACAGACCUGAGCAAUGCCAAGAUGGCAUGCAAGCAGAACCGUGCCAACAUCGCACAAGAGGAGCAGCAGCAGUUUGGAUCAAACGAGGACAACUUCCCUUCGGCAAGUGAUGCUCGGCCGCCACCAGUCAACGAGGAUGCUGUCCAGUUAGAGGCAGCUAUUCAGGCCUAUGCCCUCCAACACAGUGCCAGCAAUAGCCAUAAUGAGAUGCAUGACAACCAUAAUAAUGAUGAUAAGCCACAAAGUAACAUCCCCACUGUUCCUCAGAAAGAGAGGAAACAUCGGUUGAAACAUGGCAAAGUAGGCAGUGGGAGCAGCAGUAGUAGCAAAUCUGGUGAGGGCAAACCAUCUGUAUGGAUCUGACUAUCUGUAGACAGUUCCAUUUUGCAAAACCUUGCCGUUUACAUAGAUACCCACACACACAUGCACAGAUGAUACAGUUUUUAGGUAUACUGUAUACACUGUAUAUUUAUUGGUAUAGCAUAUAUUUUGUGCCUUAUGAUCCAGGGCAUUCUGGAUGAGUGAAAGUAUACUUUUGACUGAUCUUCUGGUCUUCCUGUUGUUUGAACUAAGUCAUUUCUAUAUCAGUGCUUGGCCAUAACAUUUUUUUAAGAAACAUAUUUGAUAAAAAGGACUUUGAUACUGAUGGUACUGGUGUGAGAAGCUCCCAAGUCUUUCUGGGAUUUUGCAAGGAAAUCCCAAACCAAAAUAGUUCUUCAAACUGGAGCUACAACAUCUAUAGAUGCACCGAUCCCACAUUUUCCAAUUGCCAUAUAACAUCAGAGCUUGGGGUAUCGGCUGCUAUGCAAUGCCAAGUUAUGCGAAACACCAGAGGUGUUAUGGUGACAUGCUUUAAGACAAUGUACGGUCUGUGUUCAUGUCCAAGAUCUGUGUUGUGUCAUUCCACAGAACUUAACUGUCAAUGACGUAAAAUACAUCACUGGAUCAAAUCGGAAAAUAUAUCAAAUCUGAUCCCAUGCUAAUCAGAUGUUUUAAGCCAAUAAUUAGUACCAGAUCUGUACAUCCCUAAUGAGAUCGCACUGUCAGAUUUCACAAUGAUUUCUAAUGCUGUGACAUCGCACCGCAACGACGUCACACUGUGUUCAUUUUAUCCUUCCAGGACGGAGGGUGGAUCUUGUUUAAAAAAAAAAAAACACGUAUAUAGAAAUGCCUACAUAUGCAUGCACAGAACUCUUUUACCCUACAUCAGCUCUUUUUCUUGCUUAUUGACUCAUGACACGGCAGAGAACAGGUCAAUGCUACAUCCUACCAUUCCCUGUUAUUAUCUCAGAGUCUUCACAUAGAAAACCGUCACAGAGCCACGAAACUGUGGAAAGGCUGAUUGUUUCGUCAUACUGCCCCCUUCUGCAUAACAGUAGUUAUUUCCGUCAACCAGCAGCAGAGAUCUGGUAAAAAGCGGUUGAGUGGUAUAGUUUGUUACAGUUGUCUUUGUACUGUAGUAAUUAUUGACAUGUUCAGAUAUAUUUACUCAGUCUCUAAGGGUUACAGGCGCCUAAUAUCCAGUCACUGUGAUGUCACUGGUACAUUUUUAUGCCCACACGUGCACUCAUGCUUGAAAAGCCUGUGUAUUGUGUGAAGUCUUCCAUUUUGCCACAUUCCAAGAAUUUUUUUUGUUGCCUUUUUAUGCACCAGUAUGAAUGCUCUGGGAGACCAAAUACUGUUGGCAUGGAUUCAUCCUGCUGCUAUGCCGUCAUGCUAACGGUGCAGAAAAGGCCAUAUAUAAAUUCUGUAUUACACGUGAGAGAUGGAGAGGACAAAACCCUUUAUAUUUCAGCAAUACUUUUCUGUAACGAUGAUUGUGAAUUUGGGUGAAAUUAUUAAUAUAGAAAAGAUUUUGCUUGUUUGUUGAAUUUCAAUAUUUCAGUUUUUUUUUUAAUAUUGGUGUUUUUGUAUGUGGACUUCCAUUCAGUAUUUAUCAUGCCUUUUUUUGGUUAUGACACUUUUGUAGGGUUUAUUUCAUUGCAUUCAAUUUUGUAACAAAAAUGAAGCUCAUUUUUGUAUGAAGCUACGUAUAUACAUACAAAAAAAACAACAACAUAUAUAAUCAAAGUGAAGUGUGCAAUUUUACGGCCAUUUGACUGACAAUAUUCCACAAUAUAUUUAGAUCUUGAAAUCUUGUAAUUAAACAUGACUGGUACAGAGAUAGAUCUGAAUUUGCACUUGGGGAAAAAAAGAAUGUGAAGCUAUGAUGGUGGCAAAUAUCCAAACAAUACUGGAUAAAAUCCAACUGCAGCUGCAGAAAAAGACAUUUAACUGUGUGCGUUCACUCAUAUGACACACAGAGUAAGUAGGGAAAUGGCCACUAAACCAUUUCUAGAGCAAUUUUAUUAUAAGAGCUCCAAGGAAAGACACCUAUAACACCAUUUUGCCCAAUAUAUGGUGUUAGGAUUUGUGAAUCGCCAUCCCGGAAUGAGCCCUCAGAAAACUGUUAGGAAAUUAAUUGAGAAUAGAGAACCUUCGUGUUACAAUUCUUAAGAAGAGAGAAAGUGAAGUUACACAGAAAGACAGUGCCCUUGCCCCGCUACACACUUCCUGCACCGAGUGCUUGAGACAGUUUACCAAAUGACACAGACACACAAAGUUAAAAAAAAUGCAAGAUCUCUCAUUUAUUCAAAGAAAAACAGAGUAAAUAUCAUGCUUGACACACAGCAGAGACAAUGGGUUAACUAUUGAUUGGCUAGGCGGAAGGGCAUAUUUACAUAAAACAGGAAGCAUAUCAAUGUAAGACAGGAACAAUUAAGUAUAUGGUUUUCAGGAAGUCAUAGGAAUAUGGGCAAAUGCUAUUCAGGAAGACAAAAGGAAUGCGCAGAUGUUGAGGGGUUUUAUCUGUCUGUACCUGAGUUAACAGAGGAACAGUGUCUGUAUUUAUGCUUUGACCUGGAUCAGGAUGAACUCAAAGAUAUUUCUUCCUCCUUGCUCUUUGCGUGAAGGCUACUGGCACAGUGCUUGGCCAGCACAUCUUCUCAGCAGGGUCACUACAACUGAUGGCACUGUAUACGCUGAUUACUCUUAAGAGUGUAUAUUCGUGUGCCUGUAUUUCCACUGAAUUAGGAUAUGGAAUUUAAAAUGUAAGAUAUCUGUAGAAUAUUUCUCCUUACUUGUCUUGUUGCCCUUUUUCUGACUUUUUAAAAGAAUCUCUCAUAUCUGUUAUACUUAAAAGAGAGAGAGAAAAAAAUCUUUUCUUAAUGUGCCAAGCUGUAAUGCCCAGUAAAGUACAAUUAUUUCCAUUUUUGGAAACCCCCUUUUUUGGAUUUCAUGAAAAUGCAUGCCCAGAGCUAUUUUGUUAAUAAACAUGUAAAAUGAAUAAAUAA